AUGUCUCCACCCACAACAACUAUCCCGAAUGGCGCAUGGGUGCUCGUGACCGGAGCCACAGGUUUCGUCGCGGGUCAUGUCGUCAACCAAUUUCUGCAACGCGGUUACAGAGUCCGGGCCACUGUUCGCGACAUAAACCAGGCAUCUUGGCUUGUCCAAGAUACCUUCAAGUCGUAUGCAGAGAGCGGCAGCUUCGAACUCGUCGCCGUCGCCGACCUCGCAGCCGAUGGCGCCUUUGACGAGGCCGUCAAGGACCCCAACGCCGUCAUUCCUCAGAGCGUUGCUGGCGCAACAUCGAUCCUCACCGCCGCCACCAAGGAGCCCUUGGUCAAGGAAGUUGUCUAUACCAGCUCCAUCGUGGCUGCCGUCGUUCCUCUGCGUGGGCGGGAAUCUUUCGUCGACAGAAACACGUGGAACGAGGCCGCCUUGGAAGCCGCCUGGGCUCCCCCUCCCUACGAGCCGUCCCGCGCCAUGAUCACGUACGCGGCCAGCAAGACUGCUGCGGAAAAGGCAGUCUGGGCGUUUGUUCAAGAGAAGAAGCCGUCUUUGACAGUCAACGUCGUCAGCCCCGCGGGUGUUAUUGGCGCGCCUUUCCACGUGAAGCACGUUGAGAAGCCCGGACACUGGGUGGCCGCCCUUUUCCGGAAUGACAAAGCCGCGCUGGAUCCGUACCCAUCGAUGUUCUUCGUCGAUGUCGAGGACGUCGCGGCUAUUCACGUUGCGGCGAUUCUGGAUCCGGAGAUCAAGAACGCCCGUCUGCAAACUUGGGGCCACAGCAGCAACUGGAACGAAUUCUUUGCCGUGUUGCGCGAGAUUCGCCCUCACCGGGAGUUCCCUGCCGACUAUCCUGAUCCUUACUUCUCCCGGCCCUCACCGCCCAGUCUGAAUCCAUUGCCAUCCUGA